CUAGAAGGGUUAGAAAAAUAGUUCGAUAAGUUACGCAUAAAUAUAGAUGUUAAAACUCAAAACUUAAAACCAGACUCUAAAUUCUCUAAUACCAAUGGCAAGUGGUGGUGGUGGCUCCAAUUCACUGCCGUACAGGCAGUACCGGCUCCUCCGAACUCUAGCGGCCCACGACCGAGCGGUGUCCUGCGUUAAGUUUUCCAGCGACGGCACCCUCCUGGCCUCCGCCUCUCUCGACAAAACCCUAAUUGUCUGGUCCUCGCAAACCCUAACCCUCAAGUCCCGCCUUGUUGGCCACUCCGACGGCAUCUCCGACCUGGCAUGGUCCUCCGACUCUCACUACAUCUGCUCCGCCUCCGACGACCUCACUCUCCGCAUCUGGGACGCCCAGUCCGCUGAAUGCGUGAAGACCCUCCGCGGCCACACCAACUUGGUCUUCUGUGUUAAUUUCAACCCCCAGUCCAACCUCAUUGUCUCCGGCUCCUUCGACGAGACCGUUAGGAUCUGGGAUGUUAAGACCGGCCGCCCCCUCCACACUAUUGCCGCCCAUUCCAUGCCUGUCACCUCCGUCUAUUUCAACCGUGACGGAUCUCUCAUUGUCUCCGGCAGUCACGACGGCUCCUGCAAGAUCUGGGCCUCCGACACCGGCGCUCUCUUGAAGACGCUCAUUGAGGACAAUGGUCCCGCCAUUUCCUUCGCCAAGUUCUCGCCCAACGGCAAGUACAUUCUCGUUGCCACUCUGGAUGACACUCUGAAGCUUUGGAACUACUCAACUGGGAAGUCCUUGAAAAUUUAUACAGGUCAUGUAAACAAAGUAUAUUGCAUAGCAUCUGCAUUUAGUGUGACUUAUGGGAAAUACAUUGUUAGUGGAUCAGAGGAUAAAUGUGUUUAUGUGUGGGACCUGCAAAGGAAGAUUCCACUUCAGAAACUAGAAGGUCACACAGAUACUGUCAUCUCUGUUUCAUGCCACCCCAAUGAGAACAAGAUUGCUUCCGCCGGUCUAGAUGGUGAUAGAACAGUGAGGAUCUGGGUUCAAGAUAUAUGAGCUUUAAGUACAGAUAGGUUGAAAUUGUAUUGGAUAAGAUCCCUGAAUCUUGAAUACCGGCUUAUGCAGCAAUGACAUUGCAUCUAACUUAAAGAACUACAGAAAUUUGAAGGCUAUCUCUCCCAAGAUCAGUUUACUGUACAGCCGUCUGAACUCCCAUCCAAUGAGAACCUAGAAGAUCUUGCUUCCAUAGCCUACAACUGCUGCAGAGUUACCUAGUAAAACAUCUGAAUUCCAAUUUCCACCUACUGCCUGGAAAAUGCAUGUACUCAUUACCUGGUGAUCACAGCUUUUUAUCUGUUUCUGAAUUUUAUAGUUGCUCCUGAAAGAAUUUUUUACUAUAAAAUUGUAAGACUUGGUUAGGCCA